UGCACUUAGCCGGCAUUAAUUUUAACAAGAUAAGAUAGUCUUCGUUUUUCACUUUCAUUCGGUUAAACACAUUAUUAUAAAGUGUACACAAUGGCCACCUACGAGGAAGUCAAGGAUAUUCCCAAUCAGAAAGACAAAUAUUUAAUUGAUGUGCGCAACAAAUCGGAGUUGGAGGAGACAGGCACACUGCCCGCCAGCAUUAACAUUCCCUUGCCUGAUUUAGAAAACGCUUUUAACUUACCCGAUGCCGAAUUCGAAAAAUCCUAUGGACGAGCAAAGCCUCCUACUGAUGCCGUCAUAAUAUUCUCCUGCAAGGCUGGAGGACGUGCCGCUCGUGCUACAGAUCUGGCAAAGACUAAGGGAUUUGAAAAUGCCAAGGCUUAUGCCGGCUCAUGGACAGAAUGGGAACAAAAACAAAGUAAAUAAACUGUAAGCCCAAAAAGGCACAAAUAUAAAAAUAAUAACAAUAAAAAUCAUGUGUGAAAUUUGAUAACCUA